UUGCGCUUCACGCACAAAAAUGGCGUUAGCAGCAAGGCGGUGGGGUUGCAUCAGACAAUGGCAUGCAACAUCGAGUAUUGCCUACGCUGAAUCCAGAGAUAUAUUGGCUACGUGGAAUAGCAAAGAUCAGCUAACAAAAGAAAGCAAUGGCUUCGACGUGCUGGAAAUCAAUUCUCAGUUGAAGGAGUUGAUAAAUAAAGGACGUCUACGAGAUGCUCGUCAGGUGUUCGAUAAAAUGCCACACAGAGAUGAAGUCUCAUGGACCAACAUGAUAGCUGGUUACGUCAAUGCUUCUAAUUCAUUCGAAGCUUUAUCUUUGUUUUACAAUAUGUGGGUCUGUCCUAGUCUUCAACUAGACCCAUUCAUACUUAGCCUUGCGGUAAAGGCUUGUGGGAUCAGUUCAAAUGCUAAGUAUGGAGAACUUAUUCAUGGGUAUUCUGUAAGAACUGGUUUUGUGAAUUCUGUUUUCGUGGGAAGCUCACUUCUUGAUAUGUAUAUGAAAUUGGGAAAAGCUUUGGAGGGUUGCAGACUCUUUGAUGAGAUGCCUACUAGGAACAUUGUUUCUUGGACUGCUUUAGUGACUGGACUUGUUCAUAUGGGUUAUAAUGAUGAUGCUUUACAGUAUUUUUCGGAAAUGUGGGAAGACGGGAUAGAAUAUGAUUCAUAUGCUUAUGCUAUUGCAUUGAAGGCGUGUGCUGAUAUGGAGCAUCUGAAUUAUGGAAGGGAAAUUCAUGCUCAGGUUAUAAAGAAAGGCUUUGGUGCAGGCUCUUAUGUGGCUAAUAGUCUCUCCACAAUGUACAAUAAAUGUGGGAAACUAAAUUACGGUUUGUGCUUGUUUGAAAGAAUGAACUUGAGGGAUGUGGUGUCGUGGACGACCAUAAUAACAACAUAUGUCCAGAUGGGUCAAGAUCAGCGGGCAAUCCAAGCAUUCUUGCAAAUGAGAGACUCAAGCACGAGCCCUAAUGAGUAUACUUAUGCUGCAAUCAUUGCUGCUUGUGCUAACCUUGCAAGACUAGAUUGGGGGGAGCAACUGCAUUCUAAUGUAUUACGCGCAGGUUUCAUGGCUUAUCCAUCUGUUGCAAAUUCGGUCAUGACAAUGUAUUCUAGAUGCGGGCUGCUAGAUGCAACUUCCAUUGUGUUUAGCGCGAUGAACAAGAGAGACAUUGUUUCUUGGAGCACUAUUAUUGCAGGCCAUGCUCAAGCUGGGCGUGGCGAGGAUGCAUUUAGACUUCUUUCGAGGAUGAGAAGGGAUGGAACGAAGCCAACAGAGUUUGCCCUUGCUAGUGUAUUGAGUGUAUGCGGAACUAUGGCAAUUCUUGAUCAAGGGAAGCAACUUCACGCUCACGUCCUUAUUAUUGGUUUAGAUCGGACAGCUCUGGUACAGAGUGCUUUGGUAAAUAUGUACUCAAAAUGUGGGAGUAUUACAGAAGCCUCAAAUAUAUUUCACAUGGCACAGAGUAAUGAUAUUGUGUCAUGGACAGCUAUGAUUAAUGGAUUUGCUGAGCAUGGGAAAAGCAGAGAAGCUAUCAGUUUAUUCGAGAAAAUCCCCGAGGCAGGUUUGAAACCAGAUUCCAUAGCCUUUAUUGGAGUUCUUAAUGCUUGUAGCCAUGUUGGACUUGUUGAUCUUGGGUUUCAUUACUUUAAUGCAAUGAUCAGGGACUAUAAAUUAAGUCCUUCUAAAGAACACUAUGGUUGCAUGAUUGAUCUGCUUUGCCGAGCUGGACGAUUAAGUGAUGCUGAGGACAUGAUCAAGAGCAUGCCGUUUGAAAAGGAUGAUGUUGUUUGGUCGACGCUUCUUAGAGCUUGUAGAGUGCAUGGUGAUGUCGAAUGUGGAAGACGUGCUGCAGAGCAGAUUCUUAAACUGGAACCUGACUGUGCUGGAGCUCAUAUUACUCUGGCUAACUUGUAUUCUUCUAAAGGGAAGUGGAGAGAAGCAGCAGAACUGAGGAAGCUGAUGAGGUCAAAAGGAGUCAUUAAAGAGCCUGGAUGGUCUUGGAUAAAACUCAAGGAUGAGAUGUAUGCAUUCGUUGCUGGGGACAAAACACACCCCAAAAGCGAAGAUAUAUAUAGCAUUCUUGAGUUAUUGACUUCAAAAACUGAUUUAACUUCCCAGGAAAUUGCUUCCUUGUAGAAGAAGACAAGUCAAAACCUGGCAUUGUAUCAGCAUUAAGUAAUUAAAAAUUCUUCAGACUAUGAGCUGGGUCUGAAAUAGAAAGAGGGCAAAACUUGUGCAGUCUCAGCUCCUCUAUCAGCUCCUCAUUGUUGAAUUAUUUAUGUUUGCAUCUCCAUGAAUUUUGGAGAGCAUUCACUACAAGACUGCAAUUCUAUUUAAGGCUGCAAGACUUGAGUUGAUGAAAUGAAGUUGCUCUCGCGUGCCAAAUCACAAUUUCUCCGCAGCCCUGACUCUAGAUGCUAGAUCCUCACAUAACUCAUAAGCAGAGGAUGUUGUGUUGGAAUGUGGAACUUGAACACCAUUGGAUCUCCAAAUUUGGAACAGAAAAUUUGUCUAAGAGUGCAGACCACCUGUGUGUUGAAUCAUCAGUUGGAACAACAAUUUCCAUGUUCAAGGUUACUCUAUAAUGCUGCAUAAAUUUGUAGUGAUUUGCUGGGGCAGUUGGAGAAAAUUAUACUAAUAAGGAUUUCUUGAACAUGUAUUUCAGAAACGUUUACAAGCCGAUCCCGAACGUGUACAACCUGGUACUAGCCAUGCUGUGGCGCCACCCGGAGAAUGUGGAGCUGGAGAAAGUGAAGGUGGUUCACUACUGCGCGGCGGGGUCGAAGCCGUGGGGGUUCACCGGAAAAGAGGCCAACAUGGACAGGGAAGACACCAAGAUGCCGGUGAAGAAGUGGUGGGACGUAUACAACGACGAGUCAUUGGAUUACAAAAAUACGGCGCCGGCGCCGGCGGUGCUUCCCAAGACCGGCAUUGUUCGUUACAUCACCGCCCCAUCUGCUGCAUAAUCAUUAGCCUCUGGUCCUUGUAUGUUUUUGCAUGUUGUUUCGGAGCUUUUAAUUUGGUAAUUGCAAACAUUUGGGCAGAAUUUAGCGUUAUCAAUUAUCUCGAUAUUUAUUAAUAAUCUACCAUUAAAGAACUAA